GUUAGUAAGUGAGUAAAGUAAGGACUGAAGAGGUCCCGUUAAAGUGGCGUAACGAGAAGUGUAAACAUUGCCCUCGCGUGUGUGUGGCUUUUCGUGUUUUUUGUCCUCCACCGCCUCAAAUCACUUUAAAAACCACCUGAAUUCGAAAUACUAGCAGAGGCUUCAUCGUUGCAGCAUCUCAGCAUGAGCUUCAGCGGCUUCAAGGAGGUGAUAGAGGAAGGGGACACAGUCAUCCUGUAUAUUGGAGUGUCGCAGAUGUAUGCCCUGGAGGUCAAGCCCAAGGUUCUCAACAAGAACGGGGUUGGGGUGGACAAUGUAUUCCAAACCAAGUACGGUUCUGUGAAGGUCAUGGACUUGGUGGGGAAGAAGUACGGGUCCCGGGUCAACCUGUCUAUGGGGUGGGGCCAGGUCCUGUACCCAACGCCGGAGCUGUGGACCAUCACCCUCCCGCACCGCACACAGAUCCUCUACACCCCAGACAUAUCUAUGGUCUUGACUCAGCUGGAAAUAGGUCCUGGAUCAGUAGUGUGUGAGGCAGGCACAGGAAGUGGCUCACUCUCUCAUGCCAUCCUCAGAGCUAUUGGCCCUGCUGGUAAACUGCACACCUUUGACUUCCACAAGGAACGAGUCAAGGUAGCCAGCGAAGAGUUCACCCGGCAUGGGCUUGGUGAGCGAGUGAGUGUGAUGCACCGGGAUGUCUGCGAAGAAGGCUUUGGAGUGGAAGAUGUAGCUGACGCUGUGUUCCUCGACUUGCCUAAGCCAUGGGAGGCUCUUCCCCAUGCUGUGACAGCCAUACAGAUGUCUGGUGGAAGGAUAUGUUCCUUCUCACCCUGCAUUGAACAGGUCACACGAACCUGUGAAGUGCUGGAGUCGCUGGGUCUGCAGGAGCUGCUCACACUGGAAUGCUUAGCUCGAGAGUUCCAAGUCAAGACCAUAUCCCUACCUACAAUAAUAAAUGGUCGAAAGGCACCAACACAUCAGAACACACAUGUGAAUCAAGAAGAGACACAGCCAGACCAGAAGAAGAUGAAGGUAGAGGAGUGCACGGAAGGAGGAACUGACACUAAAGUAAAGAGUGAACACGAGCAGAUUACAGCAGACAACAGAAGACAACAGGGAAACAGUGAUUUCAAAUUCACGACAGGCAUUACACAGCUGAAGGCGCCCGGACACACAGGCUUCCUAACCUUCGCCUCAGUGCCCCCAGGACUGGCAAGAAACAAGAUAUCCUGUGUGGCUUGACAGUCCCAAAAUAAAGUUUAAUAGUCUUA